AUGCUGCGCACAAUCGCCCUGGCCAGCUACGCUGCUGGCGUGGCCUUCGCAUCAUCCAACUGCGCAAAGCCCAACCUCAAGGCCCCGGCGUGCCCCGACAAGGGCACCAUCACGUACGAGUCCCGCGUGCCAACGCAGGCCGACGACUUCCCUCGCACCCAGGUCGACCUCUGCUACACGGAGAGCGCGCUGGUCCUCACGUUCACGGCCUACAACGAGACCACCUUCUACUUCGACCCCGAGCAGGGCACGAAUGGCGACAUUUGGGCGUACAACGUGAUGGAGGCCUUCAUCUACAAGGGCACCGACGACCCGCAGACGUACUUUGAGUACGAGAUCAACCCCGACAACGUCACGUACCAGGCCUUCAUCUACAACCCGUCAGAGAACCGAGCCGCGGGCGCGCCAUUCGACCACAUGUUCGUCUCGAAGCCGGCCGCCGACGGCCUCAAGGCCCAGACCACGCUGAAGAAGGACGAGGAGACGUGGAUCAGCGAGGCCGAGAUCCCGCUGGCCUUUUUCAACGUCAAGAAUGGCCAGGCCAAGGGCACAGAGUGGCGUAUGCAGUUCCUCCGCACCAUCACCAGCGAGGCGACGUUCCCCGACCAGGAGCUCGGUGCUUGGAACCCGCCCGACGAGGCGAGCUUUCACAUCUCCAAGUACUUUGGCCACGUAGAGCUCGUCUAG